CGUUGGUGAGACAGCAGUGGGACGCCGUCUCGUGAAACUCCUCCUCCUCCAGAUCCUUCCCCCGCACUCUUGUGCCUAAAAGGGCUGGUUGGCACCGGCGAGGGAGGGCAGGCACGCGAGUUGCCACCGCCAUGCUGACCCUGAGGCAGCGGUGUGGGGCUCCGGGUUGCCCUCGAAGCGCCCCUUCGGCCAUGCGGCGGCUCGUCGGAGCCGUCUGCUUUUGCGCCGCGCUCUCGGUUGCCGCCGCCGGCUCUUUCGAGCUCACCAUUCUGCACACCAACGACGUGCACGCCCGAGUAGAGGAAACGAGCCGAGACUCCGGCAAAUGCACCGGGGAGGACUGCUACGGGGGCGUCGCGCGGAGGGCCGCGAAGAUCCGGGAGAUCCGCGCCUCGCAUCGCAACGUGCUGCUCCUGGAUGCCGGGGAUCAGUAUCAGGGCACCACCUGGUUCCACUACUUCCAAGGGCGCGAAGUGGUGAAGUUCAUGAACAUCCUGCACUACGACGCGAUGGUGAGCUGGCGGGAUGGGCGAAAGGGAGCGAGAGGGCGAGCGAGCAAGCGAGCUGGAAAAGUGGGGGAGGUGGAAAGGUGAAAAGAAAAUCCUUUU